AUGACCAUGCAUCCCCAGAGCCCUCAAGCCAAUGCUCCUUGCACCUUGACAACGGAGCCCACCGUUCCCAACGAAGCAGCAGUGACGACUGAACCUCCGGUGCCCAACACGGAGAUGGUCAUCCGGGAGCAGGACAGCCUGAUGCCGAUUGCCAACGUGGUCCGCAUCAUGCGCCGCGUGCUCCCUCCCCACGCCAAGAUCUCCGACGACGCCAAGGAGGUGAUUCAGGAGUGCGUAUCUGAGUUCAUCAGCUUCGUCACCGGCGAGGCCAACGAACGAUGCCACACCGAGCGCCGCAAGACCGUCACUGCCGAGGACAUCGUGUGGGCCAUGGAACGCCUGGGCUUCGACGACUACGUAGCGCCCCUCGGCGGCUACCUCCAGCGCAUGCGCGACUGUGAGGGCACAGGCCGCGGCUCCGGGCGCGGUGACCGCGCCCAGACAAGGGCGCCCUGCGCGCCGUCCGUGGCCAUGGCUGCGCUCCACGGCGGGCAGAUGCACCCUGCCGUGUACCCGCUCCCGUACUCCACUCCGAUGCAGGCGUACGCCGCCGUUCCCAUGGUUCCAGCCAACCUUAGGCCACAUUUCGGCGGCCAGUACCAGAUGCUCGGUGGCGAGCACUCCAUUCCUGCCUACUUCGGGGGAGCGGCGUUCCAAGCCGGUGGAAGCCAAGGAAGAUUCUGCGCCGACGAGGCAAGCUCGUCGAAUGAGGAGCCACCGGCGGCGGUGGGCACUGGGUCGGAGUAG